GCACGCGGCGGGCCAGGCGUGCGGCGCGUGUGCGGAAAAGCGAUGCCUGGGCCUUGGCGCAGAGAGGCAGCCGGCCCCGAUGGCGGUGGCGGUGGCGGGGCUGCAGGUGGGCCUGUCUCCCGCGGAGGACGGGGGCGCCUACUGCGGCGGGGAGGCCGUGUCCGGCUGGGUGGCGCUGCAGCUGGCCGCCCCCGCGCCCCUCCGCGCCCUCCGCCUCCGCGCCGCCGGGGAAGCCUCCGCCGCCUGGAGGGAAGGGCCGCACGCCCCCGGCCCCGGAGGAGAGCCCCCGCCGUCGCCCGGGACCCGGAUGCAGGCCCGCGCCGUGUGCCUGGACCUCCGGCAGACUCUCCUCGGGAGGGAGGAAGAGGCCGGCAGCGAGGAAGGUGAUGAGGGCUUAAUCCUAUUAGAAGCAGGAAAACAUGAAUUCCCUUUCAGCUUUCAGCUUCCGCAACAACCAUUGGCAACCUCUUUCACAGGAAAGUAUGGCAGCAUCCAAUACUUUGUUGAAGCCAUCCUAGAAAGGCCAAUGGCACCCACUCAGUCUGUGAAGAGGGAGUUCCAGGUUAUUAGCCACAUUGAUGUGAAUUCACCACUGUUACUGACUCCUGCAAGGCAGUGCCAGGAAAAGAUGGUUGGAUGCUGGUUCUUCACCUCUGGGCCAGUUUCCCUGAGUGCCAAAAUCGAAAGGAAGGGAUAUUGUAAUGGUGAAGCCAUCCCGAUUUAUGCAGAAAUUGAGAAUUGCUCCUCUCGUUUGAUUGUUCCAAAAGCUGCCAUUUUCCAAACACAGACUUACCUUGCAAGUGGGAAAACGAAAACAUUCCGCCAGAUGGUUGCCAAUGUGCGAGGAAACCACGUUGCAUCUGGCAGUACGGACACAUGGAAUGGGAAAACUCUGAAAAUCCCACCUGUGACCCCUUCCAUCCUUGACUGCUGCAUUAUCAGAGUUGACUAUUCCUUGGCGGUCUACAUUCAUAUCCCUGGUGCUAAAAAGCUGAUGCUUGAACUGCCUCUGGUCAUUGGCACAAUCCCAUGUACUGCAUUUUCCAGCCGAAACUCCAGCCUUGUCAGCCAGUUCAGUGUGGAUAUGAGCUGGCUGGCACUGACCAUGCCAGAACACCCUGAAGCCCCACCCAAUUAUGCUGAUAUCGUAUCCGAGGAAGAGUUUUCACGACACGUUACUGCUUAUCCAGCCCCAGUUGACCAUGACGAACAGCUGUGUUGCCCUAUGUUUGCCUACAUUCAAGAGUUUCGGUUUCAGCCUCCUCCGCUUUAUUCAGAGAUUGAUCCACAUCCAACCGAGGUAGAAGUCAAUCAACCAGUUUCGAUCAUGGCGUAAGGAUUGGUUGGAAAUAACUGCGUCUUUCUCAGAUGGCACGGACGCGUUUUCUGCUUGAAAUGCUUUUUUAAAAAGUGGCAUUCUUACUGUGAAUUUGAAACCACGCCUGAGGUCCAAAUAAGUUGUGCCUCUUUGUGGAGAAGAGAGAGAAAAAAGAAUGGAAAGCACUGUGGUUUGAUUGGCACAGAAGAAGCAAUACAAACAGUUCCUGGAUGAAGUGGACCCUCUUUUAUUUGGAUGGAAAAAUGGAAUGUUUCUGAGGAGAGAAGACAUAGAAGUUGCUGCACAGAGUGAAAGGAAAGAAGUUAAAACAAGGAAAUGCAAAAGGGACACACUGAGCAGAUUGAAGUAUUUUCUCUGUAUCCUUACAGUCCACCCCACGGGUGUCUCCAAGGGCUUCUUCAGCUUGACUAUUUCACAAGAAUUUUUGAGAUUAAUUAAUCCGGGAUCAAAAAUUGCACCUAUGGCAUCAAGUCAAAUGCUAGCGCUACAUCUCAUUCCAAUUUUGAAUUGAAGAUGGGAAAGAUAUUACAUACCAUGUUAUGAAGCUGCAAGUAUUUGUUAUUAGAAGUGGAAGGAAUACAACAACGGCAAAGAUGGGUUUUAUUUUAACUUCUUUGUGGAUUGGGUUUUCCUGUUGGGAUUUUUUAAUUUAUUUUUAUUUAUUUGAAAGGUGAAUAGAGUAGUUUAUCUUUUGCUGUUGUGGGUUUGCUGUGAUCUGAUGUAGGGAGCAGCCAGAUAUUUAGCCAAUGUGUAGUUUCAUCAGCUUGGCCCUGUUUGGAGUCGAUACUUAUUGGGCUGAAGGCAGCCGCAUGGCUUUAACAUUCUAAUUUAAUCAGAAUUAGAAGUAGCACUCUUCAUUGCCUCGUUUCAAAAAAAGCAAAAGGCCUACCUCUUUUUUGGAUAUUGGAGCAGAUACCAAAAGGCAAUUCCAGAAUUUGUACUGCCUCUAGCUUAUAUUAGAUGGGGAGAAGUUUCAGUAAAUCCCAUCUUGGAUAUAAUUUCUCUGUAAUACAGUUUCUAUGGAAGGUGGACUCUUAAAAAUGAUGGGGUUUUGUGAUCAAUUCUCUAUACAAGCUAAAUGGGUCUUUCUUAAAUUAAUAGAAAAAACCAAGAAGUUUCCUGUGGCAGUUUAAAGAAAAAUUUAUCAUCUUUCGUGGGCUAUCACUUCAUCUGGUGCAGAAUCGCGUCUACAACAUAUCUGUUUCUAACCUUGCUUCAUGCAGGUAUUGAUGUGGGACGUACUCCGUGAAAGCUUAUUCUGCAAUUUGAAUCAAGACAGGGACAAUUGGUUUGUUUUGGAUGCUACAGAUUUAAUUCAGCAGUCACAUCCAUAUAUCUGUGUGCAGUAACCUGGCUUAGAGCAUUGUUACUUGCUUAUUAUACCUUUAGUCCAUUGGUUCUCAACAUGUAUGUGGGUCCCCAGAUGUUUUGGCCUUCAACUCCCAAAAAUCCUAACAGCAGGGAUUUCUGGAAGUUGCAGGCCAAAACACCUGGGGACCCACAGGUUGAGAACCACUGCUUUAGACUUAAGGAUCAUCUUAAAUUCUAUUUUAUUGCAGUAUCUUUUGAUGUAUUCCUCAGGGCACGUUGAAUGUUUGGUGUUAAGAGUGAAGUUUCAUCUUCAAGCAACUGUAGUUGUGUGUACAGGAUGUUAUCACUUACAGUAUGCUUUUUGCACUAAGAAACCUUAGUUGAUGGAUCACCAGAGUUCUUAAUUUUUAAUCUAUCCACAAAUCAGGAAAAAUUGGCUUGAAGGCAAAAUAUUCUUUUAGGUUAUGUAUACAGUGACAUGCUGCCAGCACUUUCUGUUCUUUCAGCGCACUCCUUAAAAAGGCACUCCUUAAAAACAUACAUUUAGGAUGUCCCGUUCUCUGACAUUCCUGCUGCAUGGAAUUCAACUGCUCCUGCCUGGAUUAUGUUUGUGGCAUGCUGGAGUUACCAAAUCUUGUUCCCUUCUUUCUAUAUAAGCUUAUUUAUUGGCGUAAGAGGCUAGAAAUGUCUGAUCUGUCUUGCUUGUCUAAAUGAGGCAAGAAAGUGCACUUAACCGCCUGGCAUAUAUGCCCCACUUGCUUUUAAAAAAAAGAUCCCUACAACGCUUUAACCAAGACCACACUCCAGCUUAUUCUGGGAAUGACAGUUGUCUUAAAACCAAAUCCUCUGUGGUAUCACCAAUGCCUUUUUUUAAGAAAUGAGAAGUGUAUGUAAUAAUAUAGUGAGAUUUGCAUCGGAAGGAAACAAAAUAUUCUCCUUCUUGGCUCCUUUCCAUUACUUGAAUAGCAAUAACGUGGCUGUAUAAUAUGCAUGUCUUAGAGUAAAACUAAAACAUUGAUAACUUAGGUGCUUACCAUGACUAACUUUAAUACCAAGAAGAGUUGGCAGUUGGUAUCAUUGUGGUCGUGCGGUGGAAGGAUAGGCAUCAGUGUGAACAAUUGAGAUGCUGAUCUUUUGGUUUUAAUCUUGGGAUCACUUUCUGGGUUACUUGCAAAUAAACCGUGGCCUUAGGUUAUUCAGAAGCAUGGCGUUAUCUUUCUAAGGGACUGGUUUGAAACUGAAAAGGCAGCGGUCUGCCUCUAACAUUUAAGGGCAGGAUGUUUUGCCUAAAGAUAUAUAUAUAUAUAUAUAUAUUGCACAAUUACAAAUUUAAUAAUUCAGGGGUUUUUCUCAGCGACUGUAAAACAGUAUAAAAACCAAGUAAAAAUGGGAAAUGAUUGUAUUUUUUAUGAAUGUAUGAACCCUAUGGGUUCUGGGGGGUUUUUUUUCAAUAAAAACAAAUAGCAAAAGUGUC